AUGUAUUCAAUUAAUGGCAAGAAGGGACCUCAGAAAACUCUUAAAGUAAAUGGUGUGUUGUGUGAUUUUCUCUUGGACACUGGUGCUUCCGUAAACGUGUUAGAUCAGACUACACAUGUGAAAAUAGGUAGUCCGAAACUCGAGAAAGAGAGCAAUCCGGCACUUAUACCCUAUGGUGGAGGAAAGCGAAUAACUGUGUUUGGAAGCUGCUGGCUAACAAUCGAGUGGAAAGGAGCCAUACAAUCGCACAAAUUCUAUGUUGUAAAAGGCAAUUAUGGAGCCUUCCUAGGGUAUCAAACAUGUUUAUCAUUUGGACUUGUUCAGGUUGUUCACCAGCUGUCUUCUAUUGCUUACAGAUAUCCUGAUUUGUUCAUUGGAAUAGGAAAACUCAAAGACAGAACUGUGCGUAUUCAUGUUGACGAGUCUGUGAAACCUGUAGCUCAACGUAGUCGUCGAACGCCAUUUCACCUAAGACCGAAAGUAGAAGCUGAACUUCAGAAACUUUUGGAUGACGACAUAAUAGAGCGAGUGAAGGAUGAGCCUACGCCCUGGAUUUCUCCUAUAGUUUGCGUUCCUAAGAAGAAUCCAGAGGAAAUCCGUGUUUGCGUUGACAUGCGCGAGGCUAAUAAAGCCAUAAUCAGAGAGCGUCAUCUCAUGCCCACCAUAGAUGAGCUUAUUCACGACUUAAACGGAGCAGCCGUGUUUUCCAAGCUGGAUCUUCGACAAGGCUAUCAUCAGUUGGAACUGGAACCUGCUAGUCGCUCUAUCACGACAUUCAACACCCAUGUUGGAAUAUUUCGAUACAAGCGCCUCAACUUUGGGGUGUCCGCUGCCUCUGAAAUUUUUCAAGAGACUAUCCGUAAUGUUAUUCAGGGAGUACGUGGAGCAAAGAACAUAUCGGACGACAUUCUGUUAUUUGGCAAGACUCAGGAGGAUCAUGAUUCCGCCUUGACGGAAACUUUCAAAGCGCUUCAGGACAGUGGACUAAAGUUAAAUCUUUAG